ACUGAUUAGAAUACACCAACCAUUAAACUGUUUCACUUGGAAAAUUAAAUAUCGUUUGUGUGUGUGUUUUUAUUGAUUUUUUCCCAACGAAAUCUCAAGGUUAUUGCUAGAAAUUUAACUAGUUUUCAUUUAAAAUAAAAGAAGUGGAGUUGGAAUCAUUUUAUCGUUUAGUUUUAAUAAUCAAAUGAAUCUAAUCGAUCUGAAAUAUGAAUAUUAAUCCAAAUUAUCAACAGCCUCAGAUUCAGGCACAACAACCAAACUUGCAAGCUCAACAAAUUUUAUUACAACAAUUACAACAGGGACAAUCAUCAAAUAAUAGCCAAUUUAAUCAACAACAAGCGGCUGAUGCAGCACUGGCUGGUUUCCCAGAUAGUGCAGCAGCAGCUGCCGCUGCCGCUGCUUUCUAUCAAAGACCUUUGCCAGCCACUCAGUCCAAUCAACCAAAUAAUCAACAACUGCAAGCCAAUUACUUCCCGCAAUUUUCACAACAAAAUCAACAAAGUAUUCAACAGCAAUCAAACCAAACCCCAACUACGAAAUAUGCCCAACCAACUAACCAAUCAAUACAAUAUCCUCAAAAUCAAUCACUGAUUGUACCCCCUCAUCCUCAACAGAAAUUUUUUGGCCAACAACAACAGCAACAACAACUUCAACAGCCAAAGAUUACUACAAUCAAUAUCGAGAACCCAAACUCCCAAUACUGGCAACACCAAUUACAAUUAUGCCAAUUAUCUAGAAGUUCUAAUAUUCCUCAUUUUUAUGCAAGACAAUAUGCUCAAAAUUCCCGUAAAAAUAAAGUUGGAACUUAUAAUGAAAUUAAAUCCUUAACUUUACUCGAUGCAACCAAACAAAUCGUGGCAGCUUUAGAAGAGCAAGAGAAAAAAAAUAGUGAGAUUACUACUCCAACAUCUUCUAGUGCAGUUUUGUAUGGGAAAAAAUCAGUUAUUCAACAUCCUGAAGAAGAACAUGCACAAGAAGAAAGAAGAAUGAUUGCUAAAACUAAUGGUAAACAAUUGUGGUGUCAAUUAGAUUUAACUGGUCAAGGUAUAGUUAAUUUAUCACCAAAAUUAUUUCAAUAUGACUUCUUAGAAUCAUUAUAUUUGAGUAAUAAUAAAUUAACUAGUAUUCCUUCUGUUGUUGGUAAAUUGAAAGGUCUCAGAGUAUUAGAUUUAUCCCAUAAUAGAAUUAAUGAAGUUCCUAGAGAAUUAGGAAUAUGUCAUAAUUUAAGAUUUUUAUAUUUAUUUGAUAAUAAUAUUAAAACUUUACCAAGUGAAUUUGGUAAUUUAGGGGAAUUGUUAUUUUUGGGUAUUGAAGGUAAUCCGUUAGAUUUAAAAUUUGCUAAUAUUUUAGCAGAGCAUGGGACAAGACAAUUAAUUUGUCAUUUAAGAGAUUUAAAACCAGUUCAAUAUACUCCAAAUCCAAGACCUUGGUUAUUAUUGGAAGAUGAUGGUGAAAUAAUUGAUCCAAUAACAAAUCAAAAUGCUUAUACUGAAGAUCGUUUGAAUAAUGAUACUAAAAAUACUUUUACAUUAUUAUCUUAUAAUAUCUUAUGUCAUCAUUAUGCAACUUCCAAAUUAUUCAGCUAUACACCAAAAUGGGCAUUAGAAUGGGAUUAUCGUAGAUCAGUUUUGCAAGAAGAAAUUUUAAAUCAAGAUCGUGAUAUUGUUUGUAUGCAAGAAGUUGAAAAUAGAAGUUUUAGUGAAUUUUGGGUACCACUUUUAGCCAAAUAUGGUUAUAAAGGAGUUUAUUAUUGUAAAACAAGAUCAAAAACAAUGAGUGAAGCUGAUUCCAAAAAAGUUGAUGGAUGUGCAACUUUUUAUAAAACAUCAAAAUUCAAUCUUAUUUCUAAACAAAAUUUUGAAUAUAAUAGUGUUUGUAUGGGAAGUGAUAAAUACAAAAAGACGAAAGAUUUAUUUAAUAGAUUCAUGAAUAAAGAUAAUAUUGCAUUAAUAACAUUUUUAGAACAUAUUGAAACUGGUGAAAAAAUUGUUAUUGCAAAUACUCAUUUACACUGGGAUCCAACAUUUAAUGAUGUUAAAACUUUACAAGUUGGUAUUUUAUUAGAAGAAUUACAAGGUAUUAUGAAAAGAUUACAUCGUACCGGAUCAAUUGAUGAGGUUAGAAGUAAUUCAUUAAUUAUUUGUGGUGAUUUUAAUUCAAUUAAAGAUAGUGCAGUUUAUCAAUUAUUCAGUACUGGAUCAGUUCUGAAACAUGCUGAUUUAGAUGGUCGUGAUUAUGGUAAAUUUACUGAAGAAGGAUUCCGUCAUAAUUUUAAAUUAAAAUCAGCUUAUGAUUCAAUUGAUGAUUUACCAUUUACUAAUUUUUCACCAUCAUUCACUGAUGUAAUUGAUUAUAUUUGGUAUUCGACUUCAACUUUACAAGUUAAAGGUGUUUUAGGUAAAGUUGAUGAAGAUUAUUCAAGUCAUUAUAUUGGAUUUCCAAGUGCUCAUUUCCCUUCAGAUCAUGUUCCAGUUGUUACCAAGUUUCAAAUUAAAAAAAGUGGUGGAUCCACUAAGAAACCUGAUUUCAAACCUGACUUUAAAACUGGCUCUUCAAGAAAAACAUGAUUAACUUAAUUUUCUUCCUGCUGAUUUCUUUUAUUUUGGUUUGUUCGUUGUUUAUUGUUCAGUUUACGUAUCUUCCUUUCCAUUCCCCAUAUGUUUUUUUUAUUGUUCUUUGUUCCUAUGUUAAUGUUUGAGUUGCAUUUUACCGUUGUCUUUGUUUGAUUUUAUUUUCUCGUUUUAAUUAAUUUAUACUUUUUGUAUAGAUAAUCUUCCUCCUUAUUAUUAUUUUUCUAGAUCAUUU